GUGCAAGAAGGAGAAAGAAGUCGCCCUGCCUGGAUCCCUGCACGUCGCGGUCUAUGCCGUGCUGCGCCGCUGUAGAGCAUGAAGUUCCCCUCAGCACUCUCAGUUCUCUUCGUGCGCUGGGAGAAUGAGGUCGGCGGCUCGAUCCGAACGAGUGCUGGCGGCGCAUUGACACGUCAGCAUUCCUUGCGCGCAGACACGUCGACACGCUCAGCAAGUCAGCGAAGAGCGGAAGAGCCUGGCCGAUCGGAGCGACAAUUAACGUGACUCCGUCUUCGAGCAUAGUAUAUAUAUAAUACCAUAUAUAUAUAGCGGUGGAAACCGGAUCGCGGCGCGCGGGAAAUCCGGAUCGGGACCACGGUGCGUCGGACGGCAAUACAGGUGGGGCUCGCCGCGCGUUCCUCUCCGACGAGGACAGCAGAGGUAAUAAUGCGAGCCGCCGCACACGGGGUCCGCCAUGUCGCCCACUCAUGGUCAUCCUGUAACUGUCGCACACCCAGCACUGCGUCGCCAUCGCCGUCUUCUUCGCUGUCAGUACCAUCUUCAUCGCAAUCGACGGCCAAUAUAGCGACAUCGGCUUCGCUGGAGGUGCGUUGUGCGGCUGGAGGAGGUCUCUCUGCCUCGGCCGCACGAUCAUCAUCGUCGACGACGAGAGUCGCACGCGUCGCACAACAGCCGCUUCAGGGACGUUUGUCCGGCGGCGCAUGCCACACUCGUGUGCGACGCGGCGUCGCAGCGGCGGGGGGCCAUUGCUGGCACAUUGACUCCGCAGGUGUCGAACAGCCAAGAAGAAGACAAAGGCAGCGGCGGGCUAUCUUCACCAUGGCCAAGGACGAUAAUUUGGUAGAGCCUGUCAUCGCGGACGCUCACUCCGAACAUCAGAUGAAGCUCAUGUUUGAAGAUGAGUGUAUUCUUGUUGACGAGAACGACAACGUUAUUGGUCAUGACUCCAAGUACAACUGCCACUUGAUGGAAAAGAUCGAUGGAGAUAACCUGCUUCAUCGUGCCUUCAGUAUUUUCCUUUUCAACUCGCAGAACGAGCUUCUUUUGCAGAAACGGGCAGGAACGAAAGUCACUUUUCCUUUAGCUUGGACAAACACCUGCUGCAGUCAUCCUCUUUACCGUGAGUCGGAGCUGAUCACUGAAAAUCAUUUGGGUGUCCGGAAUGCGGCGCAGCGGAAGCUGUUGGAUGAGCUGGGGAUAAAACCCGAGCAAAUUCCCGUCGACACGUUCACAGUCCUUGGGCGAAUCCAGUACAAGGCGCCCUCGCAUGGGAAAUGGGGGGAGCAUGAAGUGGAUUACUUGCUAAUCCUGCGAAGGGAUGUCGAUCUGGAGCCGAAUCCGGAUGAAGUGGAGAGUGUGCGGUACGUGGAUAGAGCGGGGCUGAGGGAGAUCGUACGGAAGGCCGAUGCCGGCGAGGAAGGUAUCACCCUCAGUCCUUGGUUCAGGUUGGUUGUGAAGACGUUCCUUUUGAAAUGGUGGGACCGGCUCGAGGAGGGAACACUUGACAGCAUCAUCGACAUGGACACGAUCCAUCGCUUCUAGGAAGAAGGGCAUGUUUCCACGCUCGCCGCAUCUGGACUUCUCUCUCCCGUCUCAUUCAUUCAUUCGUUGGGCUUCGCUGUUGACACCUUCGCAGGGACUGUUGCACUCACAUUACGACUGUUGUACUUUUCUGGACUCGCACUAGGACUCUUGCACUUGUUUCUGGACAUAAUUGAGGUCAGAUGCAUCCAGGUAGGGCCGUACUUAGGGUUACGAUUAUGCCAGUGUGGUGAGUAUGCUCUAGGCCAGCAUCGUCGGGAACACUGAACCGCAUUAACUUCGCAGUUAUUUGAUCAGAUCCUACAUGCCAAAUAAAUAAAUAAAUGAAAUCCUACAUGCCACAGUUCAUCGUCGUCGGGCUUCUUCUAUCCGCAAACUCAUGCUUCCUCUCUUAUUUUCAGAUCUUCACCGGCUUCGUCGGCAUUAACACGAG